AUGUCAUCGGUUCAGGAAUCCGUCGACGAACAACAACAAAGUCAAGCGCGUAGAAUAGCAGAACAGAGAGCACACGAGGAUAUUUACGCCGUGACGAGUGGCUCCAUAACCAUUCGGCGGAAAGAGCUAGUGCACCAUAUCGAAAAUACACUUAUAAGAGACAGUGAGAGUGCCUUCCUCUCUGACAUGAUCAUCGAAUGCCAGAACAUAGAAUUUCCCUGCCACAAAGCAAUUGUCUGCGCCCAGUCGCCGACCAUCAGGGCUUGUGUCCAAAAAGCUCCGGUGAGAGCCCGCCGCUGUAGAGUCAAGAUAAAAUGUCAUCCGCUUGUCUUUCGGAUGGCAAUCGAGUUCCUCUAUACGUGCAACUAUGAGUUCUUUAUGGAUUUUGGAUUUCCAAGCCGAUUCAUGGCAAAGGGGCAGACGGUAUCUGCUGAUCCUAUUGACCGUCUGGAUUGUUGCGAGUUGUCUCUUCACCUCCAAGUACAUGUUCUGGCACAGCGUCUUCGGAUACGAGCACUCAAGUUCUACGCCGUCAACAGAAUCGUUAGUGUUCUACAGAGAACAUCUUUUCCAACAGUUUAUCCGCGCUUCGCGCGCGAAGUGUACUGGACCAUUAAGGAGAAGGAUACACUUGUGAAGAGAGUUGUUACCGCUCAUGCAGACAGGAUCACGCGUCAGUUGAGGGACCGGAAUCACUUCGAUGCGCGAUUUCCGCUGUAUUUGCUUCGAGAGAUUGAGGAGUUUGGAGUCGACUUUCUGGCGUGGAUGCCAGACUGGGAUGAUCCUCUGAAUGGUGAUUGCAGUAGUGGUACCUUAGCCCCGACCCAUUGGUAUUGUUGA